GUUCUAAGUGAAAUCGUGUCGUGAUUUAUUCAUAGCUAAUCAAAACGUAAUCGAAUUGGGGAUGCAUAAAUUUUCCUUAUUGGUUGUCAUAUUGUUAAUGCUAUGUAAAACUUCAUCGGAGAUCGAGCUGCCCGAUGAUAUCAAGAAAUGUCACUUUGGGGACUCCCAAUGCGUUAUCCAUACCAUGAACGAUUUGAUUAGACGCUAUCCGAAUGGAAUUCGGAUUGGUUUGCCUCCGUUGAAUGUGACACAGCUGGAGGAUAUCUCGAUUUUGAAUCGGCCCAAUGGUGCUGCAGUUUGGUUAUCAUUUUACUUAAAAAACUUAACUAAUAAGGGCUUCAACAACGCAACCAUAACCCAUGUCCAGGGCUUCAAUAAGGAUCCCAGCCAUAGCAGUAUGAUAAUCAAGGCGUAUAUACCAAGGCUCAUCCAUGAUGGCACAUAUAAUAUGCAGUCUCGUAUUUUGCUAUUUGUGGCAAAUGCAACGGGAAGUUUCCGCUCUGAAUUUCUCAAUUUUCGCUUGGAAAUAUGGAUAAAAGCUAUACAGGAAUUUCGCAGCAACAAGCGAUACUUGCGCAUCUAUGAACUGAGGCCCAAAGUCGACCUGCAGCGAUGGAUAAUUUCUCUGGACUCAUUAUAUAUUGAAAAUACGGAUAUGACAAUUAUAAUGAAUAAUAUUAUCAAUGAAAAUUGGCUUGAGUUUUGGCAGGAGCUUGAGCCAAGUAUGCUCAAAACCUUUGAACUAUGCAUUACGUCAAUACUGAAAAAGGUCUUCGAUAAUGUCGCCUACGACGAUUUGUUUCUGCCAGACGAAUAUUAAUUGCAUAAUGCAAUAUAUGUACUAUGUAUAUAUGAGAAAGAGAGUAUAUUGGUUUGUUGCUUUACUUGAAUUUGUUAGCUUAAUGAAAUGAGUUUCUUCUUUCUUGUAUGAUGGGUUGUGUUUGAAA